AUGAAAUCGUGGAGUAUGAUAACAAUGCAAAUCCUACAGUAUUUAAAAACUCGUUUUACCACGUUGAAACCACCUUUGAUCGUGCCGGAGAAUCCAAUUGUAUUGUUACGUAUGCUCAAUCGUCGACAAGUAGCGUUGUUUUUUGUUGGAUUUCUCGCUUGGACGUUUGAUGCAUUUGACUUCUUUUCUGUUACACUCAAUGUGAUUGAUAUCGGUGCAACUUAUCACAAGUCAACAUCAGAUAUCACUUGGGGAAUUACCAUAACAUUGAUGCUUCGUUCCAUUGGAGCAGUUAUCUUUGGCAUAGCCGGCGAUCGAUUCGGUCGAAAAUGGCCAUUCAUCGUUAACAUAGUGCUGUAUGCUCUCGUUGAAAUCGGUACAGGUUUUUGCGCCACUUAUGAGCAAUUCAUCGGCCUUCGUGCAGUUUUCGGUAUUGCUAUGGGCGGAAUUUAUGGUAAUUGUGCAGCAACUGCACUCGAAGAUGCACCUAUUGCUGCUCGUGGUCUUCUAUCAGGAUUAUUACAACAAGGAUAUGCAUGUGGGUUUCUUCUGGCAGCAGCUUUUAAUCUAGCGAUUACUAAUCAUCAACGAUAUGGAUGGCGCGCACUUUUUUGGUUCGGUGGUUGUCCACCAUUGCUCAUCGCACUUUGGCGUGUCUUUUUACCAGAAACGGAAGCAUUUUUAAACGUUAAACGAACAAGAGAAAUGAACACUAGUACAGAUGAAACAAAGACGAUGUGUUCAUCGAUACAAGCGUUCUUACAAACUAUCCGUUUGACUCUCGUACAGCACUGGCCAAUGUUGAUUUAUAUGGUUCUCAUGAUGACAGGAUUUAAUUUUUUAUCGCAUGGAAGUCAAGAUCUUUAUCCGACGUUUCUAGCGUCGACCCUCGAUUUUUCGCACACUCUCGUUACGAUUACAACCAUUGUUGCUAACUGUGGUGCUCUACUCGGCGGAAUGACUGUUGGUUAUUUUUCCAGUUUUUUCGGUCGACGUUUAUCAAUACUUGUCGUACUUUUCAUCGGAGCUUUACUAAUACCAGCGUAUGUCCUUCCAAAUGAUCGGAACAUAAUGGCUGGCGCAUUUUUUCAACAAAUGUGUGUACAAGGUGUUUGGGGUGUUGUCCCGAUACAUUUAAUGGAACUUUCGCCAGUCAAUUUCCGUUCAUUUGUAGUUGGUACGGCAUAUCAAUUGGGCAAUUUAAUAUCUUCGGCAUCAUCAACAAUCGAAGCAAAAGCUGGCCAAUCAUUUCCAAAGAAAUCAUUAUCUGGUCAUUCGACAAAUCACGAGCAAUAUGACUACGCGAAAGUGAUGGCAAUCUUCUUAUCAGCUGUGUACAUUUAUUUAUUUAUUAUCAUUUUAUUCGGACCGGAAAAACGAAAUAUCGAUGAAGCAAAGAACGAGAAUAUCUCAAACGAUAAUAUUUCAGAAGAAAAAUCUGUUCCAAUGAAAGAUAUUUGA